AUGUUGUUUGCAGCAAUACGUGGACCAACCCUCACGCAGCGCGCAUGCUCAGCCUGCUUCUCCUCUACCACUCGUUCAUACGCCUUCAUCGCCCCCACUAGUUCUUUCCGCAGAGGCACUCGCAGUCCGCUCGCGCAGCAGUUGAUCGUGACACGAGCACGCUUGAUUGAUCCCCCAGAGUCAGCCAUCCUGAUCCAACCCUCGUUGUCCUCUUCAUCCAUCACCCACCCCUUAGGAGAGAUCCCUGUCUUUGAUACAAUUGCCGCGUUUCGCGAAUGGCGCAAGGAGAUCACCCGUCAAAACAAGACCGUCGGCUUUGUCCCGACUAUGGGUGCCUUGCACGACGGACAUUUGGGAUUGGUACAGACCGCCAGGCAAGAAUGCGACGCCGUCGUUGUCUCCAUCUUCGUCAACCCCGCCCAAUUCGCGCCCCACGAGGACCUGGACCAAUACCCCCGCACUUUCGACACGGACUAUGCCUCCCUGGUCGCCACCAAGGCCUGCUCCGCGAUCUUGCUUCCGAAGGUUAGUGAGAUGUACCCCGCCGGGAUCACGCUGGACCGCACGCAGCAGCGUGGUGCCUUUGUCGAGGUCGUCGGUCUCUCCCACCAGAUGGAGGGUAUCCCGCGACCACACUUCUUCCGCGGCGUCGCCACCAUCGUCACGAAGCUCUUCAACAUCGUCCAGCCCGACCGCGCCUACUUUGGCCAGAAGGAUGCCCAGCAGUGCGCCGUCCUCCGUGCCAUGAUCCGUGACCUAUUGCUCCCGAUCAAGAUGCGUGCUGUCCCCACGAGUCGCGAGACCGAUGGUUUGGCCAUGUCCUCGCGUAACCGUUAUCUGACCCCGGAAAUGAGGAGCGUGGCCACGCUGCUCUACAGAGCAAUUUCUGCCGCCAAGGAGAACAUUGUCGAGCACGGUGCCUAUGAGCGUGAGGAAAUUCUCAAACCGGCCUUCGCGAUAAUUGAACAGGUCGCUAAGGAUGUCAAGGCGAAGGGUCUGCCUUUUGAAGUAAGGCUAGAUUAUUUGUCACUGGUUGAUGUCGAGACCUUGAGCGAGCUCCAGCAGCUGGGCAAGACGCAGGCGGCUGUUCUCUCGGGCGCUGUUUAUGUUGGUACCACGCGUCUCAUCGACAACGUACUGAUUAACACUGAGGAGCUUUAG